GGCCUUCUCUCUCUCUCCCUCCAAAAUUCUUAUCUGAAUGAGAGAGAAAAAGCGCUGCCUCUAUUGGACCAUCAAACCCAGCUCCCUUUUUCAAGUCAAAACCCAAUUUUAGUUCCACCUUUUUAUAUUCUCUCACGCACCCAAAUACCACCUUCUUCUCCUUCAUCAACCCAUCUUCUUCUUCUCUGCAUAUUUUUGCAUUCUUUUCAACAAUCAAUACGAAUACAAGAGCAACAAAAAAAUAAAAAUAAAUCUGCAGAGUACUUACUCAUGAGAAGCGAAAAGACUCCAGAUUUUUAAGGGUGGUGCGGUGCAUCUAUCAUCUGGUGUAGAUGACUGUGUUUGUUCUGUUUAUGAUCCUCACCUUUCUCAGAUUCUCAUCUCGAGCUCAGAACUCCACAUGCAACUCCAAUGAUCUCGAAGCUCUCAGGGCCUUUAUGCACAACCUCGAUUCGCCUCUUGAAGGAUGGGAUUUCAAUUCCUCUUCGUCCAGCUGCUGCGAUUGGCCCGGCAUCACUUGCUCUUCUCCGCCGUCUAGGGUGAUUAAGCUCGAGCUCGGCGACAGAAGGUUCUUCGGCAAUCUCUCCGAAUCUCUAGCCAAUUUGGAGCUGCUCAAAACCCUAAAUCUCUCCCGCAAUUACCUCAAAGGCUCCAUCCCUCUCUCGCUUCUGCAUUUGCCACAGCUCGAGAUCCUUGACCUGAGCUACAAUUUGAUCUCCGGAACGUUCCCGAGCAGCAUCAAUCUGCCCUCGAUCAGAGUCAUCAACGUCUCUGAAAACUCCAUCGGCGGCGCUUUGCCGGCGGAGAUAUGCAGCAAUUCGACCACGAUUCGGGUUUUGAAUGUGGUCGACAAUUAUCUAACCGGAGUUGUUCCGUUAGGGUUGGGGAAUUGCACCUCAUUGGAGGAGCUCGCGCUCGCCACAAAUCUCAUCCAUGGCGCUCUGCCUGAAGAUCUGUAUCGUCUGCAGAAAUUGAACAAACUCUUCUUGCAGGAGAAUAAUCUCUCUGGACAGCUGAGUCGCCUCAUCGGUAACCUAUCUAAUCUCGCUCGUCUCGAUUUAUCGUUGAAUAAAUUCUCAGGAAAUCUUCCAGACGUUUUUGAUAGAUUUGUGGGUUUGAGCUAUUUCUCAGCUCAAUCGAAUAGUUUCAGUGGUAGCAUACCUGCUUCGUUGGCUAAUUCACCAACAAUUGCUUCGCUUAGUUUGAGAAACAAUUCACUGGGUGAUACCAUUGUUCUUAACUGUUCAGCAAUGGUGAAUCUCGUUUCGCUUGAUUUGGCUACUAAUAGGUUUCAAGGGGAGAUUCCUGCAAAUCUCCCUUCUUGUAAGAAAUUAAGGAUGAUGAAUUUGGCUAGGAAUCACUUCACAGGGGAGAUCCCUCAGAGUUUCCAGAAUUUCCAGAGCCUUACGUCCCUUUCGCUUUCAAACACUACCAUUACCAACCUCACAACCGCACUAGACGUUCUGCAGCAUUGUAGGAACUUGACAACACUAGUUCUCACUUUGAAUUUUCGUGGUGAAAUGAUGCCUGCUAAUCCAAGUUUCGAGCUUUUAAAACUCAAGACUCUUGUGAUUGCCAGUUGCAGACUCACCGGUGAUAUUCCCCAGUGGUUGAGUCGGUGCAGGGACUUGCAGCUGUUGGAUUUGUCGUGGAAUCGAAUGGGAGGUUCAAUUCCGCCUUGGUUUGGCAACUUGUCAUCUCUGUUUUACUUGGACUUAUCCAACAACUCUUUCACUGGGAAUCUGCCAAAAGAGCUUACUGAAAUGCAAAGCAUGAUCAGUGGUAAUGUGUCCAUGGUGGAACCUUCCCCGGAUUUCCCCCUCUUUGUACGAAAGAACCAAUACGGGUUAAAGUACAAAAUGGCCAUGAGCUUUCCUCCAACACUGGAACUUGGCAACAACUUUCUUACUGGACCGAUCUGGCCGGAGUUUGGUAAUUUGAAAAGGUUGCAUGUUUUGGACCUGAAAUGCAAUAAUUUAUCUGGAUCCAUUCCGAGCACUUUGUCUCUCUUGACGAGCCUAGAGACUUUGGAUUUGUCUUUCAAUGAGCUAAAUGGAACUAUACCACGUUCUUUGAGUAACCUCACAUUUCUGUCAUCCUUCAGUGUGGCUCACAAUGCUCUCUCUGGCACCAUUCCUUCUGGCAAUCAGUUUGCAACCUUCCCCAACUCGAGCUUUGAAGGUAACCCAGAUCUCUGUGGUGACCACGGUUUACCUCCUUGCCGAUCUAACAACAAUGUCCCUCGCCUAUCAACUCACAAGUCGAAGAAAGCAAGGAGUGUUGCUAUAGCAGUGGGUGUUGGAAUUGGUGCAGGAACUAUUAUUCUUGCUGCUCUUGUCUACCUUAUUGUUUUGUGCUCAUGCAAGCGAAAAGUUGUGGAUCCAGAAAAUGAAGAUGCUGAUGCCACGGAAAAGAAUUUGGCAGAGAUAUCGAGUCUAGUUAUCCUAUGUCAGAACAAGGAGAGCAAAGAGAUUAUUCUUGAUGAACUGUUGAAGUCUACAGAUGAUUUUGAUCAAUCAAAUAUCAUUGGUUGUGGGGGAUUUGGACUGGUGUACAAGGCCAUCCUCCCAGAUGGAAGGAAGGUGGCGAUAAAAAGGCUUUCAGGUGAAUAUUUCCAGAUUGAGAGGGAAUUCCAAGCCGAAAUAGAGACCCUCUCAAGAGCACAGCACCCAAAUCUCGUUCAACUUCAAGGAUAUUGUAAGUACAAGAACGACAGGCUACUUAUAUAUAAAUAUAUGGAGAAUGGUAGCCUUGAUUACUGGUUACAUGAGAAAACUGACGGCCCUUCCUCGUUAGAUUGGGAGAAGAGGCUGCAGAUCGCGAGGGGGGCAGCACGAGGUCUUGCUUACUUGCACCAGUCUUGUGACCCUCGAAUCCUCCAUAGGGAUAUAAAAUCAAGCAACAUUCUUUUAGACGAGGAAUUUGAAGCUCAUUUAGCUGAUUUUGGACUUGCGAGGCUCAUUCUUCCUUAUGACACUCAUGUCACAACCGACCUUGUUGGAACUCUCGGCUACAUUCCUCCAGAGUACGGCCAGGCCUCCGUUGCGACCUACAAAGGGGAUAUAUACAGUUUUGGAGUUGUUCUUUUGGAGCUUCUUACUGGCAAGAGGCCAAUGGAUAUGUGCAGACCAAAAGCUUACCGGGACAUGAUUUCAUGGGUGAUUCGAAUGAAGAGGUUAGGCAGGGAAGUCGAAGUUUUGGAUCCAUUCGUUUAUGACAAGCAAAACACGCAGGUGAUGCUAACUGUACUCGAGAUUGCUUGCCUCUGUUUGAGGGAGAAUCCAAAGGCGAGGCCAUGUACCCUGCAGUUAGUUACUUGGCUUGACAAUAUCGAUUCAGUCUCUAUUUUGCAUCCGGGCUAGAGAAAGGCGAGCUGUCCCUUAUGACUUCUUCCUUCACUGGUAAGUUCUUGAUUAUUGAUUUUUCAAUCUGGAAUGCAUGCCAUGAUGCAUUUUGUUGUAUACAUUGUUUCACUUGUAUCAGUAUGUGAAGUAAUCAUAUAAAUCUUCUAAAUAUCCUUUGCAUUUCCAUGAAAUAAGUAAAUAAUCUUACUUCACUUCUGCUCCUCUCACUGUUUGCAAAUUAGGAAAAUAGUAGUAGCUCUUUUGAGACAUGAAAGUAGUUUUCAAUUAUUUCAGUUGUAUGUGACAUGAAUAUAGAAGUUUAGUAAAUAUCCCUAUCAUUUCUGAGAGUCAGAAAUUAUGUUUGUUUUGCAACUUGUCUCACAAUAUCCUGAAAAAAGAAAAGAAAAGGUGCUCUUUUGAUGCA